GCUGCUUCAGGUGAAGCCGGAGCAGGUGUUAUUGCUACCGCCGGGGCCACUACUGCCUCAGGCCCAGGACGAAGGCGCCGCUGUCUCGCCCGCGCAGGCGCGGCUGCUGCAGCUGAGGUCGGAGCUGCUGCUGUUGCCGCCUCCUCCCGCGUCCGAGGGCGCCCCCUGCAGGCCCGAGCUGCGUCCGGUGCAGCCGCGGGCGCUGCAGGUCAAGGCGGAGAAGCAGGAGCUGGGACCCGCCUUGGACCCGUCGACCGGCCCUCGGAGGGCGGUCGAGGCGGGCCCUAGAGCUUGCAGAGCGGCCAAAGUGGAAGGCCCCGGGCCGGCCCUCGACAGCCGCAGAGGAGACGAGAAGAAGGGCAAGCUGGAGGCCGAGGAGGUCAUGAGAGAUGCAGCAAAAGGCAGGGAAGGCAAAAGCCUGACAGCUGUCGGAGAAGGAGUCAUCAAAACUGAGGAACCCGAGAGACUCUCGGAGGACUGUAGGCUGGGCGCGGAGCCGGCCUCCAAUGGCUUGGGCCAUGGCAGCAAGGAGGUCAUCCUAGCCCAGCCGUCUAGUGCUUUUGGGCCGCACCAGCAAGACCUCAGGAUCCCUUUGACUCUCCACACUGUCCCACCGGGGGCCCGGAUCCAAUUUCAGGGACCUCCACCUUCUGAGCUGAUAAGGUUGACCAAGGUUCCCCUGACACCAGUGCCUAUUAAAAUGCAAUCCUUAUUGGAGCCUUCUGUAAAAAUUGAAACCAAAGAUGUUCCGCUCACCGUGCUUCCCUCAGAUGCAGGAAUACCAGAUACUCCCUUCAGUAAGGACAGAAAUGGUCACGUGAAGCGACCCAUGAAUGCAUUUAUGGUUUGGGCAAGAAUCCACCGGCCAGCACUAGCCAAAGCUAACCCAGCGGCCAACAAUGCAGAAAUCAGUGUCCAGCUCGGGUUAGAGUGGAACAAACUUAGUGAAGAACAAAAGAAACCUUAUUAUGAUGAAGCACAAAAGAUUAAAGAAAAGCACAGAGAGGAAUUUCCUGGUUGGGUUUAUCAGCCUCGUCCAGGGAAGCGAAAACGCUUCCCUCUAAGUGUUUCCAAUGUAUUUUCUGGUACCACACAGAAUAUUAUCUCUACAAAUCCUACAACAAUUUAUCCUUAUCGCUCACCUACCUACUCUGUGGUAAUUCCCAGCCUACAGAACACCAUCACUCAUCCAGUUGAUUCUGAGGAUACACUCUCAAGUGCCCAGCGUGGUGAUUGUGGUGAAGCCCCACCUGCUAUCCAACUGCCCACACCUGCAGUCCAACGCCCAAGCCCCAUCACACUUUUCCAGCCCAGCGUCUCCAGUACUGCCCAGGUAGCCGUCCAGGCUCCAAGUCUGCCACUCCGCCCAGCACUCCCACCUCAACGCUUUGCUGGGCCUUCCCAAACUGACACUCAUCGGCUACCUUCCGGAGCCAAUCGCUCUGUGAAGAGACCUACUCCUGUCUCUCUGGAAAGCACCAGCAGGAUUCCAACUAGUGCAAGUACAGCCCAUGCCAGAUUUGCAACCUCAACCAUCCAACCUCCCAAGGAGUAUUCCAGCGUUUCCACUUGUCCCAGAAGUGCUCCAAUCCCCCAGGCUCCUCCCCUUCCACACUCACAUGUCUACCAGCCUCCUCCCCUUGGCCAUCCAGCCACACUGUUUGGGACACCUCCACGAUUCUCUUUCCAUCACCCUUACUUCUUACCUGGACCUCACUACUUCCCAUCAAGCACAUGUCCUUACAGUCGGCCUCCCUUUGGCUAUGGGAAUUUUCCAAGCUCAAUGCCAGAAUGCCUUGGUUAUUAUGAAGACAGGUACCAAAAACACGAGGCUAUGUUUUCAGCUUUAAAUAGAGACUACCCUUUCAGAGACUACCCAGACGAGCGCACACACAAUGAAGAUUCUCGGGGUUGUGAGAGCUUGGAUGGGACCUCUUACUAUAACAGCCACAGCCACAGUGGGGAAGAAUACUUAAAUCCCAUGCCCCAGCUGGACAUUGGGGCUUUGGAGAACGUCUUCACAGCUCCCACCUCAACUCCCUCUAGUAUCCAGCAAGUCAACGUGACUGACAGCGAUGAGGAGGAAGAAGAAAAAGUGCUCAGGAAUUUAUAAUUUUAAAACAAAUAUGCACAGAAAAUAAACAUUUCUUAAAAUAUA